AUGAAAGGAUUAUACAAGAUUUUAUGUUUAAGCGGUUCCUUAUAUAUUUUAUCCAGCAGUUUUCUUUCAUCUGGUGUUUCUGCGGCUGCUACUAACAAUGAGAAGAUCUUUCGUGCACGUAUCCCAGGGACUAUACAGGAAUUGGAUGAAGAAGGAGUAAAAACCGUAGGCGAAUGGAAAGUGAAAAAUUGGUCAAAAUUUAUGGCAUUAGUAGAGGAAGAUUUUAAGGAAUUCCUAGUUUAUUUGAAAAAUGAAAAAAAUAGCUGGCUAGAAAAAAAAGGUGGAAUGUGGGAAGAGUGGAAAGCAGAGAUGGAAAAAAAAUGGGAUCACUAUGACGAACAUACCUUUAAUAACUUAUUGUCUCAUGACACAGAAUCUGCAUUAACAUGGAAUGAAGAUGAAUGGACAAAUUGGGUAAAGGAAAAAGGAAAAUUGGCAUUGAAGGAAGAAUGGGAGAAAUGGGUUCAUGAACAAUAUAUCUUUUACAAAGAAGGUAUUAGUAAUGAUUGGAAGAAUUGGAGCGAUUUCAAAGAGAAAGAAUAUUCAUCAAUCCCAUGGAAUUGCUAUGAAAGACAUUACUGGAAACAUUGGGAAGAUAAUGCAAAACCCUGGGAACCCUUAUAUGACAUAAAGAUGGAAAAGUUCAAAAUAUGGCAAAAUAGAAUUAAAAAUGAAAAAGAACAAUGGUCACAAUGGGUACAUGACAAACAAGCAAAUCAUAUUGAUGUAGAAUGGGAUAAAUGGGAAAAAUGGAAAACAGAAAAUAGCAAGAAUUUUAAUGAUUGGAUGGAAACUUUUGUUAAAAAGUUUAUAGACAAUAAACAAUGGAAUGUGUGGGUGGAAGGAAAAAAGAACGGUGCUACAAAUAAUACUAGUAGCUAA